AUGCAUCAUAGGACCGCGUCCCCCGUCGAGCAGCAAGAACAGGAGCAGCAGCAGCCGCAGCAGCAAGAGCAGCCUCAGCUGCAGCAAGAGCAAGCCCAACUGCAGCAAGAACAAGCCCAACUGCAGCAAGAGCAGCCGCAGCUGCAGCAAGAGCGGCCGCAGCUGCAGCAAGAAAAGCAGCAAGAGCAAGAAGACAUCAGCAGCAGCCUGCCUGCACUUCCCGCGGCAGCAGCACCAGCAGCAGCACCUGCAGCACCUGCAGCACCUGCAGCAGCAGCAGAAGAGGGAGAGAGCGCUGAAUCAGCCGCAGCAGCAGGAGAGCCUGCAGCAGCAGCGGAAGACGAGCCCAUCCCAACGCCGGCAUCCGCAGCAGCAGCAGCAGCAGGAGCAGCAGCAGGAGAGUCACCUGCUGCGGAGUCUGGGGAUUCUGCGGAGCAGCAGUUGCUGGAGGGGACGAUCUUCGCGCCUCAGCAGCAGCAGCAGCAGCAGCAGCAGCAGCAGGCCGCUGGGCAGCAGCAGCAGCUCCCUGUCGCGCCCGCGUCGCACGGGGAGCCCGCCGCCGUCCCCGCGGCGUAG